GAGGGGGAGGCGAAGAGAGGAGGAGGCGAGGAGAGGAGGAGGCGAGGCGUCGUUCCUUAAAAACACAGCAAGACGCACAGCUGGGAACGGAUUUCACAACAAACGGACAAGUCAACAGGCGCCGUUCAUACACUCAACAUUUUUAUUUUCCUCACAUCUUUAGUGAAAUGAGGGCAACAUGGGUGCAAAAGAGUCAAGGAUAGGUUUCCUUUCGUAUGACGAGGCCAUUAAAAGAGUAACUGAUGUGGAGUUGAAGCGGCUGAAGGAUGCCUUUAAGAGGACCAGCGGCCUGUCCUACUACAUGGCCCAACAGUGCUUCUACAGAGAAGUACUGGGAGACGGAGUCCCUCCGAAGGUUGCAGAGGUCAUCUACAACUCAUUUGGAGGCACGUCUAAAGGACUACACUUUAACAACCUCAUCAUUGGCCUGGUGCUGCUGACUAGAGGACGAGAUGGGGAGAAGGCCAAGUACCUCUUCAGCCUGUUUGCCAGUGAGUCGGGCGGCUAUGCAGCGCGGGACGACAUGGAGGCCGUGUUACGGGCAUUGGACGGGGAAGUCCCGCCAUCUCUAAGGAAGUGCUUCAGCGAGGGGGAGAAAGUAAACUAUGAGCGCUUUAAGAACUGGCUCCUUCAGAACAAGGAGGCGUUCACCUUCUCCCGUUGGCUGCUCUCCGGAGGUGUGUGUGUCACCCUCACAGACGACAGCGACACGCCCACCUUCUACCAGACUCUGGCCGGAGUUACACACUUAGAAGAGUCUGAUAUUAUUGACUUGGAGAAGCGUUACUGGCUGUUGAAAGCCCAGUCCAGGACCGGACGCUUUGACUUGGAAACCUUUGUCCCGCUGGUCUCUCCUCCCAUUCACGCUUCGCUAAGUGAAGGUUUGUUUCAUGCUUUUGAUGAGAACCGGGACAACCACAUCGACUUUAAGGAGAUCUCCUGUGGCCUGUCUGCCUGUUGCCGGGGGCCCGUCGCCGAGAGGCAGAAAUUUUGUUUCAAAGUGUUUGACGUGGACCGGGAUGGGGUUCUGUCUCGAGCCGAAAUCCACGAGAUGGUAGCCGCACUCCUGGAAGUGUGGAAGGACAAUCGCACAGACACACUCCCUGAACUGCUCACCAACGUGUCGGACAUAGUGGAGGGAAUCCUGAAGCUGCACGAUACGACCAAGCUGGGUCACCUGACCCUGGAGGACUACCAGAUCUGGAGUGUGAACAGCGCUCUGGCCAACGAAUUCCUCAACCUGCUGUUCCAGGUCUGUCACAUUGUCCUGGGGCUUCGACCUGCCACUGCUGAAGAGGAGGGACAAAUCAUCAGGGGGUGGCUGGAGAGAGAGGGCAGACAUGGGCUUCAGCCUGGUGAGAACUGGUUCCUCAUCUCCAGCCAGUGGUGGAUGCUCUGGAAAGACUACGUCAAAUAUGACCACAAGUCCAUCGUGGUGGAUCAGCCCUCUAUCCUCUCCUCUCUGAGGAAUCCUCAGGCCUCUGCUACCGUCGGGCCUGCCCCCCUGGAGCCAGGGGUAGGGGUACGCUGGGUAGGUGACGGUCUGGGGGUCCCCAGCCCAGCCAGCGCCUCAGAGGAGAGGUCCCCUGAUGCUGUGUCCAGCGCCUCUGAAGCAACAGAGACCCACAGCACAGUGGUGACCCCCCAGGCCGGCCCCUCAGCCACAGAGAUCUGUUUUGCCCGGCAACACAACAUGUCAGACAACAACCAGUGUUUCUCCGGGGCCAACGGCCACAUCCCCUCCCUCUCUCAGUCCCAGUCCCAGCUGGCAGCUCAGAGGCCUGGAGCCAUCGACAACCAGCCCCUGGUCAACACAGACCCCAUGAAGGCCCCCUCGUUGACCAUGGAAGGAGGUCGGCUGAAGCAGUCCUUACAGCUGGUGGCGGGCAGGGACUUUGAGACGGUACCAGAGCCUGUGUGGAAGGCGCUGUUCCACUGGUAUGGAGCCAACCUCAGCCUUCCACGACCGGUGAUCCAGCAGACGAAAACAGGCCGUGCUGAGCUGGAGCUCUUCCCACGCUACCUCCUCUUCCUGCGGCAGCAGCCCGCCACACGCACCCCCCAGUCCAACAUCUGGGUUAACAUGGGUAUGACCAGCCUGAGAAUGUUCCCCCAGCAUCUCCCCAGAGGUAACGUGCCCUCCCCCAACGCUCCUCUGAAGCGUGUCCUGGCCUAUACAGGCUGUUUCAGCCGCGUGGGAACCAUCAAGGACAUCCACCUGUACCUGUCUCGGAGGCUGCGCAUCAAAGACGAGGACAUGAGGUUGUGGCUCUAUAACAGCGAGAACUACCUGACCCUGCUGGAUGACGAGGACCACACUCUGGAGGGCCUGAAGAUUCAGGACGAGCAACACUUAGUUAUCGAGGUUCGGAACAAAGACAUGAGCUGGCCAGAAGAGAUGUCCUUCAUCGCUAACAGCAGUAAAAUGGACCGACACAAAGUUGCUACGGAGAAGGGUGCCACGGGCCUCAGUAACCUAGGCAACACGUGCUUUAUGAACUCUAGUAUCCAGUGUGUGAGCAACACCACGCCCCUUACUGAUUACUUCAUCUCUGGAAGACACCUCUAUGAACUCAACAGAACCAACCCCAUCGGGAUGCGAGGUCACAUGGCUAAAUGCUACGGAGACUUGCUGAUGGAGCUGUGGAGUGGAACACAGAAGAACGUUGCUCCUCUCAAACUCAGGUGGACGAUAGCGAAGUACGCACCACGGUUCAACGGCUUCCAGCAGCAGGACAGUCAGGAGCUUCUGGCCUUCCUAUUGGACGGGCUCCAUGAGGACCUGAACAGGGUGCAUGAGAAACCCUACGUAGAGCUGAAGGACAGCAACGGACGACCCGACUGGGAGGUCGCCUUAGAGGCGUGGGAGAACCACUUGCGGAGGAACCGUUCCAUCGUGGUGGAUCUGUUCCACGGCCAGCUCAAGUCCCAGGUCAAGUGUAAGACGUGUGGUCACAUCAGCGCCCGCUUCGACCCCUUCAACUUCCUGUCUUUACCCCUCCCCAUGGACAGCUCCAUGCACCUGGAGAUCACUGUCAUUAUGCUGGAUGGUUCUACCCCUGUACGGUUCGGCCUGAGGCUCAACAUGGAUGACAAGUACAUCUGUCUGAAGAAACAGCUGAGUGAACUGUGUAGUCUGAAACCAGAACAGAUAUUACUGGCUGAGGUCCACACCUCCAACAUCAAGAACUUCCCUCAGGAUAAUCAGAAGGUGCGUCUGUCGGUGAACGGCUUCCUGUGUGCGUUUGAGAUCCCUGUGCCAUGCUCCCCCACUUCCCUCACCUCUCCAACACAGACAGACAUCACCCCUGUGCCCAUGGCUAACGGGGUGGCGGUGGCAGCUAAAGCGCGUCCUGAUGGUAAGCCUGGUCUGAUCUCCAACGGCAUGCCCAGCACCGUGGUGCACUGCAGAGAGACCACAGAGAGAAGCCUGGCCAACGGAGGGGUGGGGGUGCCCAACGGACACGUGUCCCCCGUCCAGGACAGCCCCUUGAUCGGGUACAUCAUCGCCAUGCACAGGAAGAUGAUGCGGACGGAGUUGUAUUUCCUGUCCAGUCAGAAGAACCGUGCCAGUCUGUUUGGGAUGCCUCUGAUCGUUCCCUGUACGGUUCACACCAGGCAGAAGGACCUGUAUGAUGCUGUCUGGAUACAGGUGGUCCGUCUGGCCAGCCCUCUGCCCCCGCAGGAGGCCAGCAACCAUGCACAGGACUGUGAUGACAGUAUGGGUUACCAGUACCCCUUCACACUGAGAGUGGUGGGGAAGGAUGGCAACUCAUGUGCCUGGUGUCCCUGGUACAGGUUCUGUCGAGGCUGUGCGGUGGACUGUACGGAGGACAGGGCCUCGGUAGGAAACGCCUGCAUAGCUGUCGACUGGGACCCUACAGCACUACACCUCCGCUACCAGACCUCACAGGAGAGGAUAGUGGAGGAGCACUGUAGUGUGCAGCAGAGUCGCAGGGCCCAGGCUGAGCCCAUCAGUCUAGACAGUUGUCUGAAGGCCUUCACCAGUGAGGAGGAGCUGGGAGAGGAUGAGCUCUACUACUGCUCCAAGUGCAAGACCCACCGCCUGGCCACCAAGAAACUGGACCUGUGGAGGCUCCCGCCUAUACUGAUAGUACACCUGAAGAGAUUCCAGUUUGUGAACGGUCGCUGGAUCAAGUCUCAGAAGAUCGUCCAGUUUCCCAGAGAGAGGUUUGACCCUAGUGUUUACCUGGCUCCCCGGGAGGCGGGGCUUAACGGGCUACACAGUGUGCAGAGCCGCAGCGAGGGGGAGGAGCUACUGAGGAUAGGAGGAGGAGAAACCGUGUCCUCCAUCUCCGCCCCUGCUGGGUUCCUCAACAUCCUCAAAGCCUCUCCAGCUUCAGGCAGGAAGUCAGCCCCUCCCUCUUCCAUCAGCUGUACCAGCAGCCCCUGCAGCAGCCCCAAGACAGGAGGAGGGUCAGGGGGCGCAGGCCACAGACAGACCCACCUCAGGCUCCCCCAGCUGGGCAGCCGUCACCGCCUCUCCAACAGCAAGGAGAACCUGGAGGGUAGUACCAGGGAGGGGGGCAGCGACUCCGACACCGAGCCCAGGGAGGGAAGACUGCAGGCGGACACGGAGGGUGGGCUCGUGGGAGUGAGGAGCGAGCCGGAGAUGUCCACCACAGACGCACUUAGCAGCCUCAGUGACGUCAUCGUGAUGAACGGGGACAGCGGUGGCCAUAGCAACGGGCCACAGCGCACGGAGGCCAGUACGGCGCCCAGCAUGAACCUAGAGACAGCCACCGCCCUGCUGCACCAAAGAGACAACAGCCUGGAGAACAUCUACAACUUAUAUGCAAUUUCAUGCCAUUCAGGUAUCAUGGGAGGAGGACAUUAUGUGACCUAUGCCAAAAACCCCAACAACAAAUGGUACUGUUACAAUGACAGCAGCUGUAAGGAAGUGCACUCAGAGGAGAUGGACACGGACUCCGCCUACAUCCUGUUCUAUGAGCAGCAGGCAGUGGACUACUCUCAGUUCCUACCAAAGACUGAUGGCAAGAAGAUGGCCGACACCACUAGCAUGGACGAGGACUUUGAGUCUGACUACAAGAAGUACUGUGUCCUGCAGUGAUCAGGAUCACACCCUCGACCGACACACCUACCCUUCAACACUCUGCCUGUAACUCUGGACCGACCCACCUACCCCUCAACACUCUGCCUGUAACUCUGGACCGACCCACCUACCCCUCAACACUCUGCCUGUAACUCUGGACCGACCCACCUACCCCUCAACACUCUGCCUGCAACUCUGGACCGACCCACUCAGCCAUACACGUAUGGAAAGGAAAUUACACAACGCUUCUUCUUCAGCCCGUCACUGGUCGCCAAGAAGCACAAAAUGGUCAUCACAAACUGAAGCACUUGUUUUCGUAUAUCAGCUGGGUUCCCCUUGUUGUUUUGAAGGCUAGUGACAAGGUUGCCAAGAGAACAACAUUUUAAGCCCCAC